AUGCAGUUUAACAUUAAUCAUCAACGGUGUUCAAAUAUCCAGCAACAACAACAACCUUUUCAAAUACAACAACAACAACAUAUUUAUCAGCAAAUCCAGAUACAAGUGCAACAUAUACAACAUAUGCGACAACAAGAAGCUCAACAUUUACGACAACACCCACAAACGCAACAACAAUUACAACAAGCACGUCAACAAUUACAAUUACAACAUGAACAAUUACAACGCGAAAGAUUACAAAAUCCGCAGCAAUUAAAGUAUCCACAACAGGCACAACAACCUUUACAAUUCCAAAAUCCACAGCAAAUACAACAAGCACAGUAUCCACAACAACAACAACAAUUGCAACAAGCACAGCACCCACAACAACAAUUGCAACAAGCACAGCAUCCAGAACCACAUCAGCAAGAAGAAGAAGAGGUUGAACCAGUAUUUUAUUUUAGCCAACCUCCCAAAUCUGAAGAAAUCAGAGCAUACUUUAUUUAUAAACAUCAAAAUGAAAUCGAAUAUUCUGACAAAUAUUAUGAUGAUGUUUUUGAAUACAGACAUGUCAUUUUACCUAAAGAAAUUGCACUCCAUGUUCCACGUGAUAGACUUAUGAUAGAAGAUGAAUGGAGAGCUCUUGGUGUACAACAAUCAAAAGGAUGGGAACAUUAUAUGAUUCAUGCACCUGAACCACAUAUUUUACUUUUCAAACGAGAAAAAGGUUAUUAUGAAAAAUAUUUACUUCCCUUAGAAAAAGAGAGAGAACUACAACGACAAACUCAAGAAAGUAACGCAAAUUCGUCUGUUGCAGUUUGA